AUUAGCAGCGGAAACUCUAAUUUAGUCGGAGCGUCACUGCCGUAUCUCCCUCGUGGGAAAUACAAGGCGACAUAACCUUUUUAAAUUUACUGACUACUAUUCACUAGUAGAAAAAACCCCUGUUGCAACCCCCUUGUUGCAGCGUACAUGUAUUAAUACGCUUCAACAACCAGUCGGUCAACGCGGGUCAAACCAUUUAAAUGGUUGUUGCAGCGUACAAUUUAAUUGUUCCCUGCAAAAGUGUUUGUUGCAGCGUACAUUUUAAAAGCCCCCUGCAAUAGCCCGUUUUUAUCGCAGCGUACAUUUAAAAGCCCCCUGCAAUAACCCGGAUUAAAAAAAAAAAAAAAAAAAAAGCUGCGAUGUUGGUUGAAUACUACGGAGUAAUUCAAAACAAUUACGCAUCUCAAAAUUUCAGCUCUCGCGCUCAACUCCCUUUUUCUUCCCUUAGCUUUCCCUGCGUCGCCCCCUCAAAAAAAAAACCAUUCCUGCGUCAUCAAUCGAGCUUCCUCAUAGAGUCGUCGUUGGUUCUGGCCUCCUCGCCAGUCGCCGGUGGGUCUCUUUUCUCGCCUCCUCUCCAGGUCGUCAUAGCAGAUGAGUCGCAUUAUUUGAAGAAUGCUCAAGCAAAGAGGACAUUUGCCUCUCUUCCGGUUAUAGAGAAAGCGCAGUAUGCAAUUGAGAUUCGUAUUAACAUGAAUCUGGCGCAAAGCGUAUGAAGAUAAUUGGAGUGAUGGGCCUGAAGACUUGACAGGUCAUUCUCGGUUUGGAGUCAGCUUGAUCACCUCUUGCUGCUUGCAGUAUAGUACAACUUUGAUUGGUAUGCUUUCUACUGUAAUCGGCUUUAAAGUACGAGUAGACUGCUUUUGAAGUUUGCUAAAGAUUAACUGUAGAACUUUGUUAUUAAAUCAUUGUAUUGGCUACAAAAUCUCCAAAAAGAAAUACACUCUGAAGAAGCAGGUUUGUAUAUCCCAUAGCAGUUGAAUGUGAUUCUAUGGAAUAAAUAUAAGAGAACCUGA